AUGUCGUCCACCACCACCACCUCCUCCGCCUCCAUCUCCAAGCCUCUCAUCAUGACCUUCACCAGUGCGCCACCGCCACCUUUCCCGCCUCCAUUUUACCGCCCCCUCCCCCUGGCACCACCACCGGCACCAUCUCCCACUCGGCCACUCCCCCGCCAUGGCCGCCGCCACGGGCACCUCCUCCUCGUCGCCGCUCCCGCUCCACGGCGGCCUCCUGCUCCUCCUACCUCUGCUGACCAUCACGACCGCGGCGUCGUCGGCGCCGCUGCCCCUCCUCGCGCUGCUGUCCCUGAAGUCGUCGCUGCGUGACCCGGCCGGCGCGCUCCGGCCGUGGACGUACGCCGCCGCGGCAUCCGCGGGGGCCACGCGGUCGCUGGCCCCGCCGUGGUGCGCGUGGCCGGGCGUGUCCUGCGACGCCGCCACGGGGGACAUCGUCGGGAUCGACCUCUCCCGGCGAAACCUCUCGGGAACCGUCUCGGCCACGGCGGCGCGGCUGCUGGCACCGACGCUCACGGCGCUCAACCUCAGCGCGAACGCGUUCGCCGGGGAGUUCCCGCCGGCCCUGUUCCAGCUCCGGCGGCUCGAGGUGCUCGACGUCAGCCACAACUUCUUCAACGGGACGUUCCCCGACGGCAUUGCCGAGCUCGGCGCGCUCACCGCGUUCGACGCCUUCAGCAACUGCUUCAUUGGCGCGCUCCCCCGUGGCCUCGGCGCGCUCCGGCGGCUGGAGCGGCUCAACCUCGGCGGCAGCUACUUCAACGGCAGCAUCCCUGCUGAGGUCGGGCAGCUCCGGCGCCUACGGUUCCUACACCUCUCCGGGAACGCGCUCACCGGCCGGCUGCUACCGGAGCUCGGCGUUCUCGCAUCCCUCGAGCACCUGGAGAUAGGGUACAAUGCCUACGACGGCCGCAUUCCGCCGGAGCUCGGCAACCUGACGCAGCUCCGGUACCUCGACAUUGCCGUGGCCAACGUCACCGGCCCGCUGCCACCGGAGCUUGGCGAGCUCACGCGGCUUGAAUCGCUGUUCCUGUUCAAGAACCGGCUCGCCGGCGCGAUACCACCGCAGUGGUCUCGCCUCCGCGCGCUGCAGGUUCUUGACCUGUCGGACAACCUGCUCGCCGGCGCCAUCCCGGCCGGGCUCGGCGAUCUGGCAAACCUCACCACGCUGAACCUCAUGAGCAACUUCCUCUCCGGCACGAUCCCACCGUCGAUCGGCGCGCUGCCGAGCCUCGAGGUGCUACAGCUCUGGAACAACUCGCUCACCGGCCGGCUGCCGGAGUCGCUCGGCGCGAGCGGGCGGCUUGUCCGGGUCGACGUGUCGACCAACUCCCUCUCUGGCCCGAUUCCGUCCGGGAUGUGCUCCGGCAACCGUCUCGCCCGCCUCAUCCUCUUCGACAACCGUUUCGACACCGUGAUCCCGGCGAGCCUCGCCAACUGCUCGUCGCUCUGGCGAGUCCGGCUCGAGUCGAACCGCCUCUCCGGCACGAUUCCGGCCGGGUUCGGCGCCAUCCGCAACCUGACGUACCUGGACCUGAGCUCCAACUCGCUCACCGGCGGCAUUCCUGCUGAUCUCGUGACUUCUCCGAGCCUCGAGUACCUGAACAUCUCCGGCAACCCGGUCGGCGGCGCGCUCCCGAACGUGUCGUGGCAGGCGCCGAAGCUGCAAGUCUUCGCGGCGAGCAAGUGCGCCCUGGACGGCGAGGUCCCGGCGUUUGGCGCCACCGGGUGUUCAAACUUGUACCGGCUGGAGCUGGCAGGCAAUGAUCUGACCGGUGCAAUCCCCCAUGACAUUGGCAGCUGCAAGCGGCUGGUGAGCUUGAGGCUGCAGCACAACCAGCUCACCGGCGAGAUCCCGGCAGAGCUCGCCGGCCUGCCGUCGAUCACCGAGGUCGACCUGUCCUGGAACGCACUCACCGGCGCAGUCCCGCCGGGGUUCGCCAACUGCACCACGCUGGAGACCUUCGACGUGUCCUUCAACCAUCUUGCGCCGGCCGACUCGACGUCGGCGCCACCAGGCGACGCCGAGGGCAGUUCCGCUCGGCACAACGCGGCAAUGUGGGUUUCCGCCGCGGCGGUGGCGUUCGCGGGGAUGGCGGUGCUCGCCGUCACGGCUCGCUGGCUCCAGUGGCGGGACGACGGCACCGCCGCGCCGGACGGCAGCGGUGGUGUGGGCGGUGCGCGGGCCAACGUCGUUGUUGGACCGUGGCGCAUGACCGCGUUCCAGAAGCUCAGCUUCACCGCGGACGACGUGGCGCGGUGCGUCGAGGGGAGCGAGGGCAUCGUCGGCGCCGGGUCGUCGGGCACGGUGUACCGGGCAAAGAUGCCCAACGGCGAGGUCAUCGCGGUGAAGAAGCUGUGGCAAGCAGCGGCGCAGAAGGAGGCUGCAGGUCCAGAGCCGCCGCCGCCGCGGAAGGACCAAGACGACGCCGACGCCAACAAGAGGGUGCUCGCCGAGGUGGAGGUGCUGGGCCACCUCCGCCACCGCAACAUCGUCCGGCUGCUGGGUUGGUGCACGAACGGCGAGGCGACGCUGCUUGUCUACGAGUACAUGCCGAACGGCAGCCUCGAGGACCUCCUGCACGGCGCUGGCGCCGCCGCGGCACGGGCCAAGCCGAAGGCGCGGCUGGGCUGGGACGCGCGGCACAGGAUCGCCGUCGGCGUGGCCCAGGGCGUGAGCUACCUGCACCACGACUGCCGCCCCGCCGUCGCGCACCGCGAUCUCAAGCCCAGCAACAUCCUGCUCGACGCCGACAUGGAGGCGCGCGUCGCCGACUUCGGCGUCGCCAAGGCCCUCCGCGGCGCCGCGCCCAUGUCCGCCGUCGCCGGCUCCUGCGGCUACAUCGCGCCAGAGUACACAUACACUCUCCGAGUGGACGAGAAGAGCGACGUGUACAGCUUCGGCGUGGUGCUCCUGGAGAUCCUGACCGGGCGGCGGCCGGUGGAGGCGGAUUACGGCGAGGGGAGCAGCAUCGUGGACUGGGUGCGGCACAAGGUCGCCGGCGGCGGCGAGGGCGGGGCGCGCGACGUGAUGGACGCGGCGGCGUGGGCAGACCGGCAGAGCGGCGAGGCCCGGGAGGAGAUGGCGCUGGCGCUGCGGGUGGCGCUGCUGUGCACGAGCCGGAGCCCGCAGGAGCGGCCGUCGAUGAGGGAGGUGGUGUCCAUGCUGCAGGAGGCCAAGCGCGGCCGGAAGCUCGCGGCGAAGAAGCCGGCGCAAACAAAGAUCAUUUAGCCGCUGGCGACGAAGACGCGUGUGUAAUGUAUACUCAGUAAACUACCUACUUUGUCAUGUAGACAUGUAGUCAUGUCAUGUAAAAUGUCUCCACUGUAUGACGAGUAACAACCCUUCUUUGAGUUCACAAGGUUUUUUAA